GUUGCAUCAUGCCUGUUCCAUGCAAUACAAGAAUCUAACCUUUCUAAGCAACUUGUACCAUCUCUCCUCGCACAUCUGAGAUCUCAUUAUAAGAUCCCCAAUAAAAUAUUUCAGCAGCAGAAGUCCGAUCAUGAAGAAAAUCAUGAUUGAGAAACAACCAUCUCUCGAGAAUUUUAAUGAUGCGUCAAGCAGCACUGGCCUCUCCUCAGAUGACAAGGAGAUUGACUGCACCAAUGCAAUAUCAAAGCAGCAAUACAUCUUGGUGAAAAACUCUGCUUUUCAUAGUUCGCUCAUCAGACUUGACCUAAAUUAUGCUCGCACGGCCGUGGCAGAGAUGGUGGGUACUUUCAUUCUCAUGUUCUGUGUAUGUGGAAUCAUUGCAAGCACGCAGUCGCAGAAUGGAGAAGUGGGCCUCCUGGAGUAUGCAGCUACGGCAGGAUUAACAGUGGUUGUUGUAAUCUUCUCAAUUGGGCCAAUCUCUUGUGCUCAUGUUAACCCGGCCGCCACAAUAGCUUUUGCAACGUUUGGUCAAUUUCCAUGGCUGAAGGUUCCAGUUUACAUACUAGCACAAACAGUGGGUUCUGUGUUGGCAACAUAUAUUGGCAGCCUCGUCUAUGGGAUUAAAUCAGAAGCCAUGAUGACAAGGCCAAUCCAAGGGCCUGUCUCAGCCUUCUGGGUGGAGCUGAUUGCAACUUUCAUCAUAAUGUUCCUUGCUGCAGCCCUGACAAGUGAAUUUCAAUCAGUGGGUCAUUUAUCCGGUUUUGUUGUUGGAAUUGCCAUUGGACUUGCAGUGUUGAUCACCGGACCUGUUUCGGGGGGAUCAAUGAAUCCUGCAAGAUCAUUAGGCCCCGCAAUCCUGUCAUGGAAAUUCAAGGACAUAUGGAUAUACAUCACAGCCCCCAUAAGUGGAGCUGUGGCAGAUUGUGAACGAAAUGUGAAGCAACUGAAAAACACACUCGCAAUUUGCGACAGUGAUGGAUGA